AUGAGGCCUAAUGGACCAGACUACGAGACUGAAAUCAAUGACCAAUAUGUGACAGUAAAGAUGCUGAUGGAGGAAGUUUACACCAAGUCGUGCGAGUGUCGCCUUUGGGCUUUGGUUCGCUUGACGGCAGGACUUCUGAACAAGCGCCUCGAGGAGUUGGGAAAGGCUGUCACUCACCUCCUCGUUCGUCAAAAGCAGAUAACUGUAUGUUGCCUAUAUGUGUAUAUAACAAUGUUUUUAUGUGACGAUGGUAUGGCUGCCUAUGUACUGAACCUCAGUAAAGCAAAUAAGUAG